UCCAUUUUGGCGGCUGUGGGGAAAACAUGGCGGAAAAUUUGAAAGCAGAUUGCAGCGUGCCUUGGAAGAUGUCCUGGGAUGAACUGGAAGCCCUAUGUCGCAGAGAGAGGCUGCACUGUAAAGAGCUUGGGGUGAACAGAGCCAACAUCAAUGAGUAUGAUGUGGAAUUCCUCUGUGACUACAAGAAGACUAAGGAGGAGGAGUUCUACCUGGUAAAGUGGAGGGGCUUCUCAGAGUCUGAUAACACCUGGGAACCCAAGAGGAACCUCAAAUGCCCCAAACUAAUGAAGCAGUUUCACCUGGACCUGGAUCAGGAGCUGAGGCGCCACAAGAGACGCUGCACGCCUAAAAAAUUGGAUAAGGAAGUUGCCUCAUUCCUGGUUCAAAAAGCCACAGUCCGUCAGAGACUGCAACGCUGGGAGGCCCAUCUGAACCAGACACGAAACCACCCAGGUCGCAUUUUUGUCAUAAACGAAGUGGACCUUGAGGGCCCUCCAAAAAAUUUCACCUACAUCAACAACUACAAAGUAGGCCCAGGUAUCGUGUUAGAUGAGAUGGCUGUUGGCUGUGAGUGUAAGAACUGUUUAGAUGAGCCAAUAAAUGGCUGCUGCCCUGGGGCCUCCCAGCACCGCAUGGCCUACAAUGACAAGGGUCAGGUCCGGAUCCGGCCGGGACAGCCCAUAUAUGAGUGUAACUCCCGAUGCAGCUGUAGCCCCGAUUGUCCUAACAGAGUAGUGCAGAAGGGCAUCCAGUUUGACCUGUGCAUCUUUAAGACAGAGAAUGGCCGAGGAUGGGGUGUCCGCACGCUGCAGCACAUCAAGAAGAACACAUUCGUCAUGGAGUACGUGGGAGAGAUCAUCACAACAGAUGAAGCGGAGAGGAGAGGUCAUGUAUACGACCGCCAAGGCUCUACCUACCUGUUUGACCUGGACUAUGUGGAGGAUGUUUAUACAGUGGAUGCUGCUCACCAAGGCAACAUCUCCCACUUUGUCAACCACAGCUGUAACCCCAACCUGCAGGUAUUUAAUGUGUUCAUCGACAACAUUGAUGAGAGGCUCCCAAGAAUUGCUUUAUUUUCAACACGGGCUAUUCGGGCAGGAGAGGAGCUCACCUUUGACUACAGGAUGCAAAUUGAUCCAGUGGACACAGAAAGCACCAAAAUGGACUCCAGUUUUAGUCUAGCAGGUCUCCCCAGCUCUCCAAAGAAGAGGAUUCGAGUGGAGUGUCGGUGUGGAUCAGACUCCUGUCGAAAAUACCUGUUCUGACAAAGGACUGCUGAGAACACAACACUAUCAGCUGUGUAAAGACGGGGAAAAUUGUACAGAUUUGUAUAUGAAUUUUUAUUAUCUUUUGUUUUUUAAAAGCUGAAAUUCACCAUCAACUUUUCAUAUGUUAACGUGACUUGACACAAUGUGAUUUAAAAGCACAAUCCAGAAUUUCAAUCUUGUGAUUUACUUCAACAGAAUGUAGAGUUUCUUGGUUUACACUGAAUUUAGGGCUGCAUCAGUGGAUUAUGUAAGAUCCUUAUUCCAACAAUUCGAAAUAUCUUUCUAUAAAAAAAACAGAUCCAUGAUCAUGCGUAGUAGCCAAUCCCUGCAGAGUGCAGUACAAGAAUACUUGGCCCCUUAGCUUUGAAGUAAAAUAUUUUCUAUGGUUGAUUUCUUCAGGCUCUUAAAAUGUAUAAAUAUUCUACAAGUACAUGACACAGGUAUUUGCCCAAUCUGUUUCAUUGCAGUGAUAAUUCUGGCUUUGUGCAUAAAAAAAGACAAAAGGCUUUUGUUCCUGUGCUGCACUUUGUAAGCACCUGUCAACACCACAUAUAAUCCUAAUUGUUCCCAUGAAAACUGAUAAGAGAGUCAGUGUCUUAAACCUCAGCAGGUAAAACUAUAUCCGUGGCCAAACACCACCAGGGAUAAGCAAGAAAAUGUUUUUGUGACUAUGGUGAAGUGACUGUUUAAUGGUGAAAUGAGGGGGUGGGGGGUGGGGGGUGGGUCAUAAUUCCUUUAUCUAUGAACUGUCCCUACUUCUGUCACUCUUGUGGCUCUGUACAGUAUCUAUUCUGUGGUCAAAUAGAUGAUUGUUUUACAGUGUGUAUAUAAACAUUUUAGUUGUUAGUAUUUCAAGGUCUGACUUUCUUAUAGGUGGAGAACAAAAACAAUGGCUUGAUUUUGAAGUGGUUCACUUUCAAAGUAUUCAACACCUUCUAUCACUAGGUGGUGCAUUUGACCAACUAUAGCUGUCAGCCACAUAAUACAGGAAAUGUGUGUUUCACUUCCUCCAGGACAAUUGACCUAUGGCUAAGCCACGCCCCCCUCCAUUCACUUGGACAAACUAUCAACAUUCAAUGACCGGCGCUGUGGCAGAUGUCGCAGUACACGGCAUUUUGCAGGAGGCAAUUGAUGUUUUUUGGGGACAUAACGAUCAGAUGUCAUUGAGAAGUAACCAAAAGGGCCUAAACUACGCAUUGGAGGGAUAUAUUAAUCAUUUUAUUGUUGAGAAGGUCAAUGAAAAGCUUAAAUUACAAGCCAAAAUUUACAGGUCACGCUUGUGAACCGUAUCUUGUUGCUGUCGCCAUCAAAGACAACAAGUUUAAGUGCCACUGAAGUUAAGGUUUUUGGUUCAGAAUAUGAGAAAAGGAUAAAGGCCUUUUUACCAUCUUUACCAAGAGUGUCUCUCCGUUAGUUUGGUGCUACAGUAUUUACAUUGAAUCAUUCAGCAUAACGUUUGCCAACCUUUGUUAUCUCUGCGAUUACAAAUAAAUUAAUGAAGCUAAGCUCCAGAAGUUAACGUUAGCUUAACUGGAGCCCUUUGGACAACAGCUAAUAAUGAUGUACAAUCACCAAAGUACAAAACUCAAACAAAAUAGGCUAAUGAACUCCCAGCAAACAAGCUGACAAUGAUGAACAACGCAGCUAGGAGCGAACGUUAGGCUAACAUUAGCUAGAGAUGUUAAAGAUAACUUUAUAUUUCUUUCCAGCAAAGUGACAAUAUGUUGUCUCAAACACAAUGUUGACUUACCUUAAAACAGAUGUAGACAUCCUUAUUAAUCUUAUUCACGUUGAGUUGACGUUGUGGUCUAACAUUACCACACAACUUUAUCCAAAGGAGACACUUUUCUCGGUUGAGAUGUGGUUUAAAGUGUAAAAAAUACACCCCGACGCCCAGCCUCUCUGCUGCAAAGCCCUGUGAGGCAAAUUGUGAUUUGUGAUAUUGGAUUUUAUAAAUAAAAUUGAUUGAUUGACCAUUUUUAAACUCCAAAUCUCCAAAAAAGCUCAGAAAACCGAACAAAACUGACUUUCUGUAAUGUAUUUCAAUGAACGGCGAGGCAGAGAAUGUCCGAGUAUAUGGGAAUGGCUAUACGCACUGUGAUUGGCACAUCACGUUUUAAGGGCGGGUCAGUUGUUGGCAUGUGUACUACUUUGUACAGGGUGUCAGCAGGUUCUUAAAAAGCCUUAAAAUGUCUUAAAUUUCCCUGGUGACAAGACGUUGAUGAACCUUACUCCCUCUAAUAUGAUGUGUCUCAAGAUGAUUUGUCUAAUAAUUAGUCAUACAUGUGGUUUAAAAGAAUCUUAAAAGGUUCUUAAAAGCAUUAAAUUUAAGCAAUUCAUCUAUAAUCAAUCCACCUGCUCCAUGUUCACUCUGUAUGCUCCAUAUGUCAACUCCUAACACAAUACUUGCUUUAUAGAAGAAAUGAUUAGGAAAUGAAAGGCAGAAAAUCUCGUGACAUUUUUCAGACAUGGUCGGGGGGGUUGGUCCAUCAGAUUCUCCACCUUUUCCACUGAAUUAGCGCGUGUGCGACGUUUUUUGUAAACACAGGUAAACCUACUAAAAACAGGGUACAGACUCCUUUCCCAUUGCCAUUACACCAGAGCUGUGAACACUGCUGUGCAGAAGAUGGGUAUGCCUUUCUGUGUGUUUUUGAAUGUGUGGGUGUGUAAUGAUCAACGUUAAAGACGGGCUGAAAACUGGUUAGUAAACAGUAGAAAGCACCAUGGUAUGGAAAGCUUAAGGGCUCUAAACAUCUAUUUUGACGUUCGUAUUAAUAAGUCAAAUUUGUUCGUCUUAACAGGUAAAAUAAUCAAGUCUCUAUGCAUCAAAUGCGCGUUAAGAAGAUGACAGAAAAUUCCCUGCUAACAAGUACAUUUCUGUCUUCUUAAGAUGUUUAAAAUUGGGUGCAACCAUUUCAACAGUUUUGGAGGGGCAACUGAUGAAAAAGUAUUCAGUGUACAUUGUAUUUGCAUAAGUGUCCAUUAGAUGGCAGAAUUAAAUUAGAGUACAUUGGGCAUAGUGUUUAGUCUUCUAUUCUGAGUGUUUUACUGAUAUACCUUCAUUCUUUCAUAUCAUAAAAUUAAUGCCUCAAGUUAUUUGUUUUACUGCUUUUAAUAACUGAUAUUAUUGAGGUCUCUUACUGAAUUCAGCAUCAUGUUUCAUUUGGCUGAACUCUGAUUUAACAAGUCAGCGGUGAUAAACAUUUGUAAACUGUGUCAUUAAGGCAGACAAGUGUGGCGUUACACUGGUAAACAUCACAUUAGUCACUUUACAUUAAGCUAAAAUUAAUACAGAAUUAUAUAAAUUGUUUGCCUCAUGUAUCUCUGUGUGUUCAGGGGUCGUAAGAAAUCAUAAAUCAUCCUUGAGGAGUGGAUGUUUACCGUACGCUAGCUCGGGUUCUGUUAAAUUUAACACUAUGCUAAAUGAGCAAGGCAAGCUUCCUGCUGACGCGCUUGGUUAAAAAGGAAGACAACAAUGCUUUGAGAUGGCUGUCAAGAGAUGACAGAGGUAUGUUCACGUUGUACUGUCUGAGGUGUAACAGGCGCUGAGUUCCCCAUGUUUUAUGUUCAAAUCGAUCUAGAAAAGAGAAUUAGCAUACUGUUCCUUACCGUUGAAAUAGGAAAACACUAGUUAAUCAGCAGUUAAUUCACACAAGGUAUCAUGGGGGCUAUGAAGUGGAUAUAAAGCUUGGUUUUCCCAGCCAGUCUUUCCCCAAAAACACUAUUUUUGUGUUUAAGAGGAUUUUUUUUAUAUAAUUUAUACUGGAUGAAAACACGUAGGCUGUGGUAUGUUAUGGCCACAGUGGCUUAAGAGGCUUCCAGAAGCCAUUCACUAUUCACAUUCAUUUUCUGUCGUCUUAACGUGCAACUGACCCGUAAAGAUGAACAAAUUUGACUUAUUAACGCAAAUGUCAAAAUAGACGUGUAGUACCCCUCCAUGGUCCAUAGCACAGAGGCCUGUGAAAACUUUAUGGUGGUCACUUUUUUAUAUAUAUGUAUAUAUCUCUAAGUUAUUUAGUCUCUCCAACUCCGCACAGACUAAUUUGGAACAAUGUUUGAGCACUGCUUGGGCAGAGACAGACUAUUUUGCAGCUUGCUGGCUAAGGGGCUAAAAUUAGCAAGUUCACUGGGGUGUUGUGUUUCCAUCAAUGCCAAUCAGAGCCGGAGCUGAUAAAUACCCAAGACUAAUGCAGAGUCAUCUGACCUGGUUGUGAAUGCCGAUUUUAACCUUUCCCAUUACAUUAAAAGGCCAGAUUAGUGGGUGUUACCAUGUUUUUUGUGCAGCGGGAAAGGGACUUCAGAGUUAGAUGGCCCUGCAGAGAUGAAACAGAGACAAAAUAAUGCGUGGUAAAUGAAUCUGAAGCAACUAAAUCACUCCAACAGUUUUAAAAAUCAGGCUAUAUGAGUUUGCAUACCAGCCAACCACCUACAUGCUGCACUACUGUAUUUACUGUAUUAAUUACAUACAUUUAUUUAAUACUUAAUUCUAAUUGGUCAAUUAAGGCAUUCUGCAGUAUGUGAUUUCUGAAUAGAAGACUGCUGCUAUACCAUUGCUAUGGACGCAUGAAGCCCUGCAGGGUGAUUCAAGACCCCUCACUUUGUGUCAGGGUCCUGCAUCUCCCUUGCAGGAUUCAUUUUGCAAUAAUUGUCCCUUACAUAGCCCUCACUCAUUCAUUCUGCCCCUACCCAAAAAUAUGUAUUUUUGUACUUCCUUUUUCUGCCCAGAGUUUACAUUAAAAUACACGAGUGUUGCAUUCAUGUACAAUUGAAGAUUUCAUCCAGACAUUCUAAGACACAUAAAAAUACUUUGCUUUGAAUAGUAAUUUGGUUGGUUGUUUUAUCCAUCACAAUCACUUAGAUAGAAAUUCUUAAAGCACAUUCUCCUACAUGGAAAAAUCCAGAAUCUAUGAAUUUGCAAAUAUUGUUCUGUAUAAAAGUUGAACUGCUGGACAGAAUUUGUGUCCUCCUUUACUUAACAUUCCAUUCUCAUUUUACAAGUAGUGGAAGUUUCAAGUUUUCAGAUCACUUGCAUAGGUUUACUGGACUUUGAUUAGCCUCCAAAUAGUCCUGCUGAUGCGUCUAGGUGUUAAAAAUGAGAUUUAAGGCGAGCAGAAAGAAUCUUUCCCUCUUCAGCAGAUGAAUCUAACAAACUCUUCACAUCAAUCAAGGGACCGCAGAUGUGAAUUAGCUUUAAGCUAAAUCUGGUGCAAUACAUUAAAUGGCAACAUUUAUGUUUGAUAUUGUACAUAGUCCCUAUACAAAUAAACUAAAAUAAAAAAACAAAUAAAUCUUUCUUCACAGUCAAGUCCAAACAAAACUUUGACUGGUCAGGUCACAUGGUUAGGUUUAGGCAACAAAAGCAUGUGGUUAGGUUUAGGAUACAAAUGCACAUUGGUAGGUUCAGACAACAGAAGCACAUGGCUAGGUUUAGCAAAAAACAUCAUGGUUUGGCUGUACAUUCAAAUGAGAAGUGAACACCAGCCUCCUGGGUGAAAGUCCAGGGUUCUUGGACUCAUCCACCACCCAUCCCACCAGCACUGUAUGGACUUUCCAGGUACUUCAAUUACGUUUUUGUUUGGUGGCAUUUUAAACUGACGGUUUUUGUUGGUGUCUGAUGUGGAAAUCAAUAGCCUAGUGAUGGAAUUUGACAACUCUGGAUUCAGAAAAGAUUAGAUUUGGAUCAUUUCAAUCUUGUUAAAUAUUUUCAUCUUAAGGGUUCCUAUUCUCAGUACCUACCUGACCAUCUUUAAAGUCUGACAACUGUAAUGAAGUAGAAACAGAUUGGAUGACUGGAAUGGCCUUACAACAACAACUAUCUAACUCCUGAUUUGGUGGCGGUGUCCUGGACCAUGCGUCAGACUGCAUUGUGCAGUGCAGAUUGUACUGUUUUGUAUUGGCAGGCAUAUUGCUUUGUUUACAUAUUUUGACCUCAGCAAGAUGGCUGCAUGGUCACUCUUUUCCAACAUGGGUAGUGAUUCUACUCUGUAGCUGUUUUUGAAUGGUGUAUGGCAGUGAGUUUUAAGAUUAGCCUGAUCGCAGCAUCAGGAUUACCGGUCUGUGAGCAGUUCAGGUCUUUGCAAAUAUCUCUGUACUUGCCCAUGGGAGAAUGCAGACCUCUUUGAUGAUGUAAAUUCCCUUUGAAGAAAAUUAUGUCUGCAUCUGAUUGUCAGCAACUCCAUAUCAGGCGAGCAGGAACGGGAUGGCAUUUUAAUAUUCCCACUGUCACACCAGUCCUCACACCAGUCACACCAGUCCUCACCCUAAAGCAC